AUGCCUAAUGUGAAAUGUUCUACUGGUCAAUUAAUACAUGGAUUUGAAAAAUUGGCUUUCGCUUUAAAAGAAGUAACAACAGACAGUUUUUAUUGGAACGAACGCAUUGAAUUACGCUUAAAAAAUCAAAUAGAAAAUCCAAAUACUUCCUUACCCGAAACGCAAUUUGACUUAGGCGCUACAACAACGAGAAUUGCAGAUGCAAAAAUAGAAAUAACUUCAACGGACUUGUAUGCUUCAGUAGUAGCAUCUUUAAAAGAAGGAAUCAGUGGUUUAGGAAACCCUGUUAUUUCGCAAAUCAUUUGUUUGGGAUUAGGCAAAAUUGGUGAGUGUCUAACAGCACGUUACCAAUUUGUUGUUAUAUUAAGUUUAAGCGAGCUAUUUAAUACGAAAAUACUAGCUUAUGAUCCUGUAUUUACUGAAAAUGAUAAGAAGAUAUUAUCAACUUUUAAUGUAACUUUAUUAACUGAUAAUUUAGAAGGAAAGUAUAGAGUAAAAAAUAAAGAAACUGUACUUUUCUAUAUGCCCCAUUGUUCCAAACAAUUAACUAACAAUUUACUGUGGACAAAUUGGGGUUUAGAUCUUAAUUAUUGUAUUAUUAUUGCUAAUAGUUUCAGAAAGAUUAUUGAUUCAAAUUCUAGUAAAGAAAUUGAAGUGAAAGCUGGAUAUGUGUCAAAAAUAUUACCCUAUGUACUAGAAAUCGCUAUCAUAAAUAGUUUUAAAUAUUAUGAAAUUUUCAAUGAUAUAGCUAUUCAUGUUUUCCCUAACAUUAAUAUGGUUUGUCAAGAUUUGUGGAAAGAGUGUUUGGAACCAAAAUAUAGUGAAAUUGAUCUAGAGUUUAUUACAGAUUCCAAAUAA